UGGAUGAAGUGCGGCCUGGGAUCGAGGCUACCACUGGCCUAGUCUCGUGAAAGUUGGGGACCUAACACGAUCUUUACCUAUUCACCACUCUGCUCUAGUACCAUUGUGUGCUCUAGCUCUACAAGAUGGCAGAGGGAACAGGUGCUAACUUCUCUCUGGGUGACCACACGUUGUCUGUUCCCAUGGAGCUGUUUUCCACCAACCGUGUUCGUCUGUGUGAGAAACUGCGAGGGAGUGAGGGUGUGUCAGGGGGUGGGGCAGUGGUGGUGCUCCAGGGAGGGGAGAGCAAGACACGAUACUGCUCCGAUACAGAGGAGAUCUUUCGACAGGAGUCGUACUUCCACUGGCUGUUUGGGGUAUCGGAACCUGACUGUCUGGGGAUUAUGGAAGUGGACUCGGGACAGACCAUUGUCUUCAUUCCAAGACUGCCUGAGGACUAUGGCAUCUGGAUGGGACAGAUCUACUCUUGUGAGCACUUCAAGAACAAGUACAAUGUCGACUCUGUGCGCUACAUUGAUGAGAUUGUUGAGGUGAUCCAAAAAAUGAAUCCAUCAAUUCUUCUCACUCUGAUGGGGAUGAAUACAGACAGUGGCAAGUUUUGUCAGGAGGCGUGCUUUGACGGCAUUGGGAACUUCCAGUCCAUCAUCAACAACAAGAUCCUUCACCCGAUCAUCAUGGAGUGUCGAGUGAUCAAGACCCCCCUGGAGGUGACGGUGCUCCGCUACACUAACCAGGUGAGCAGUGCAGCCCACUGCGAGGUCAUGAGAGCCGUUCGUCCGGGGAUGAAGGAAUAUCAGAUGGAGAGUCUGUUCAGGCAUUACUGCUACACCCACGGCGGGAUGAGGCACAUCUCCUACACUUGCAUCUGUGGGAGUGGUCACAACAGUGCCACCCUCCAUUACGGCCACGCUGGAGAACCAAACGCUAAAACCAUCGAGGAAGGAGACAUGUGUCUGUUUGACAUGGGUGCUGAGUACUGUUGCUAUGCCAGUGACAUCACCUGUUCAUUCCCUGUCAACGGCCGGUUCACUGAGGACCAGAAGAUGAUCUACAAUAUUGUUCUCAAAGCUAACAGGGCUGUCAUGGACGUUGUCAAGCCAGGAGUGAGUUGGGUGGAGAUGCAUCAGUUGGCAGAGAGGGUGACACUAGAGGAGCUCAAGAGGGCGGGGCUUCUCCAGGGAGAGGUGGACGAUAUGAUGAAGGUUCACAUGGGUGCCGUGUUCAUGCCCCACGGCCUCGGACAUUUCAUGGGCUGUGACGUACACGAUGUCGGAGGAUAUCCAAGCGGUGGUGUUGAGAGGAGUGGUGCCCCAGGGCUCAAGUCACUGAGAACAGCGCGUGUGCUACAAGAGGGAAUGUGCCUCACCAUUGAACCAGGCGUCUACUUCAUCGAACAUUUGGUGAACAAGGCCUUGCUGGACCCUGCUCAGAACUGCUUCAUCAACAGGGACAUGCUCACCAGGUUCAGGCGAUCAGGAGGCGUUCGUAUUGAGGAUGACAUUGUUGUCACGGCGACAGGGGUGGAGCUCCUGACGUGUGUCCCUCGUACAGUGGGAGAGAUUGAGGCCUGGAUGCGGAGUGGAGAGAAGACCUGGCAGCCACGUCCAGUCACAUGAGUGUCACAGGAGACUUAUUAUUAAUUGAAAGAAGAGAUCGAAAUAAUUAUAUCUACCUUGAUUAAUAAAUUAAUAUUAGUUAACCAAUUUUUUGCCCUUUCAAUUAUAGCUGAAAAUGAAUUUUUAUUUGCUGAA